AUUUAACAGUGUAAUGCAACUGGUGGUCUGUCAUUUCUCUAUCGCUUCCACAAUUGUGUACAAACAGAGUGCCGGCAACUUUGGGAGAUAAUUAUCACUGGCGAGGAUGGACAGCAAUAAAUCCACCAAGUCCACAGUUUACAUUUCAAAUCUUCCCUUUUCCCUGACUAACAACGAUUUGUACAAAAUCUUCGAGAAACAUGGGAAAAUCGUCAAAGUGACUAUAAUGAGGAACAGGGAAACUCGUAAAUCGCGUGGAGUGGCCUUUGUGAAUUACGUGAGAGUUGAAGAUGCUGAAGCGUGUGUUCAGGCUACGGAUAAUGUUGAGAUGUUCGGGCGGACGCUUAAGGCCGGUAUAGCGAUAGACAAUGGAAAAGGGCAGCCCGCAGGCAAGAAACGAAAGUUUACUGAUGUUGUUCGAUGUUUCGAAUGCGGAGCUGAGGGGCAUGUUAGCUACAAAUGCCCGGAAAAUAUCUUGGGAGACCGACCACGUCCGAAGAAAGAGAAGAAAAAAACAAACUGAAAGAUAUUGUACAACAAAAGUUCGAUUUUGGAACGCAAACCGUAUGUAAUAGUUCUAAGAUGAGUCUAGUCAAUAGUCUCCGUGAAAAGCAGUGCAUGCAUAAAUGGCGGGGAAAAUGUCCAUGGAAAACAUUUUUUUCUACGAGGAUAUUGGAAACUGAUUACAACACAAAUAAUAUGCGAACUAAUUUAAUUAGGAUUAAGUAAUAGAAUUAGGAAAUAAUUUGAAAUAAGAAUGAGGAAAAAGGGUUUUAAGGAAUACACCAAACCUUACUGAGUUAACCAAUCAACUGAACUGCUGCAAAAGAUAUUUUUAUGAUUCAUUUUUAUUGGUGAUUUGAAAAAUCGUUGUUUUUCACAGUUUCGAAGCCUGGCACAUCUUUUUAAUCCUUAAAAUGUAAAUUUGUUAUUCAAA